AUGACUGCAGAUGGGUUCUGCAUGAAACAUUACACCACAAAGAAAUCUCGUGAUGACGCGGUUCGUGUGUGCAAGGAUGACGGAGCGUUUCUAGUCAACAUUGACUCGGAUUCUAAGUACGAAGCCGUUAAAACUAUACUGAUUUCAGACGACGAGAAAGAAAAUUUACAUAUCGAUGGCUGGCGUAAGAAUUUGACUUCUCAAUGGGAGUAUACUUACGGGUCAAAGAUCGGCUACGUACACUGGUACAGCGGCUAUCCCAGCACUGGUGCCAAUAACUUAUGUUUGAUGUUGACUGGGUAUAGGACAGUAACUAACCAACAAUUCCUUUGGUUCAAUUAUCCAUGCACAACAGCGUAUCCGUUUAUCUGCGAAGUUCCAGCAUGA